UCUUUCUCCUCCCACACGUCAUUCCCGUCUCCACUCCCGCCGCUUCCCCUUCCAGACGAAUCUAGAAACUUCCGUGCGGGGGGGCUCGAGUCCGCGAUGGCCGACGCGUACUGGAGGUACGCGGCCGCCGACCCGCGCCAGCAGCCGCCUCCCUCCGCCGCGGCCGGUGCCCCGCAGAUGGCCGCAGCCGCGGGGCAGCAGCCCAUGAAGCGCCCUCGCCCUGCCGACUUCUCAGAUGUAACCGGCGCACCUGACAUGACUGGCUAUUAUCCGCGUGAUGAAGAAAGGGCAGGGUAUCGUGCUGCCAGAGAUACCGAGGCUCUUAAUGCAUCCUAUGAACGUUUUCUGCGUACUGGGCAAAUCCAAUCCUAUGGUGCUGGACCUGCUGGAGAACUUAUUAGGCCUGCUGUGGGAGGCAAUGCUGGCUACCCAGUUGAUGAUCGUCCAAUGAUGGCUGCUAGGGGUAUGGAUAACAGAAAUAUUGGUUAUGGUAGUGGAAUGCCAGAGCCUCCCCUCCCACCUGAUGCCUCAAACACCUUAUAUAUUGAAGGCGUUCCUACUGGCUGUACACGUCGAGAGGUUUCACAUAUCUUCCGACCGUUUGUUGGCUUUCGUGAGGUGAGGCUUGUAAACAAAGAACCGAAACAUCCUGGUGGUGAGCCGAUUGUCCUCUGUUUUGUUGAUUUCGCUGAUGCUACUCAAGCUGCUAUUGCCAUGGAUGCUUUGCAAGGCUAUAAGUUUGAUGAGCAUGAUCGCAAUUCGCCUAAUUUACGGCUGCAGUUUGCUCGUUUUACGGGUCCAAGGGGUAAUUCAGGACCUGGUGGCGCUCGUAUUAGGCGUUAAGUUCUUGGCGUUCCUUCUGUCAGGCCUGGUCGCAUCGAAUACCUUUCGGAGAUGAUAAUAGUUUGGUUGUCUUUCCAGACAAAUUUCUCCAUAGUACUAGGAUCAAUAGCUUGUGCCUUGUGUCGUUCCAGCUUUGCUUUGCUACCUUGGUCUUGAUAGAUGGCGUCUGACUGAAUGAACUAGCUGAACAUGAUAGGUUGAAACGUUUGUGCCACCCUGCAGACGUGAUGCCUAUUGUAGGCUUUGUUUGUAAUGUAUCGAUUUGUAUCUGGAGGCAGUUUUGCCGUUUAAUGCGCCUAGUUUAUGAAUUUUGUUCUGGAUCA